GUGUCUGCGCAGCCCGGACGUUGAAUUGUAUACAGACAAGAUGGCAGCUUCAUUGGAAGACGAGUUUGAAGAUGCGCCUGAUGUGGAGCCUUUAGAACCGACACUGAAGAAUAUCAUUGAACAGAAAUCUUUGAAAUGGAUAUUUGUUGGCGGGAAGGGUGGUGUUGGUAAAACGACGUGUAGGUAAGUUGAAGAGUAAAUUGUCCACUGGCUUCCUGAUCAUGACUCAAGAGACGCUGCUAGCUAAACGAAGCUAGCUGGCUCGCUAGUUAGCUGUUCAUGACAGCGAGCUGACAACCGUGUUUGUGUUUUCGAUAUGUGUUGAUUUAUAACCAAUAAAAAAGAUAACGCCCGGAACAAUCCUAAACACUGACACACCUAUACAUUCAAAAGUGUCAUGUUUAUUCAAGUCAAGAGUCAUCAGUUUUGGUGCCUGAACGCAACUAACAUGUCUGCAAACUCUACAUGGUUCCUGCAACACAUGGUUACAAAACGGUUCCGGUCUUAAGCGGGUGAAGCCUGGAUUUAAGAUCUGAAAAGAGACUGUGCUUAAUGCGACAAAAGUGCCAGAAGAAGGACAUGUGCUCAAAUGCAAAACGGCACUUGUUAAGCCACCGUGAGCGAUUACUCAGUCCUGGUUAUUCCCAUUAAUGAAUUAAAAUUAAUAAGGCAUAUCAUCCCGUCACUAAAGCCCGAUAUUAUGUGAAAUACUUAUUUCGCUUAAAUUUGUCACUUAGGUUAAACUAGUUGUCCAUUUGACAGGUAGAGUUCAGACACAUAAACGCCCCCAGCUGCAGCCUCUGUCUGCCGUGGGCCACUUUACAAAUGCUUUUAUUAUUGUCCUCAAUGUUUUAUAGGAACACACCUGAUGGCUCUGAUGUUUCUUUUUUUUUUUUACCUUGUUUGUCAUGAUGUCUUAUUUUAUCUCGCCAGAUGUAUUUUUAAGUCAUCUGAUGAGCAGGUUGUGUCAGUAUACCAGCAGGCGGCGUUAUACUUAUGCUGCGUUCGAGUUACCUCGGAAGUCCGAUUUCGGAGCUGGGAAUGACAUUACACCCAAGUUGACAGCAUUUCAGUUAACAAGUCGGAAAAUCAAGAUGGACGCCUACAGUUCGCCAUUGUUAUCUGUUGUUAGUUGUCAUUAGCUAUACCAGUUGUGAACAACGCGUAACACAGUAUUUUACUCUUACAAACACCAUUACACCAUGUUCACAGUUAGACGUUGGGCCGUACAGCAUUUACCACGUAUUUAAAUUCACAAAAACAAAACAGAAGUGCUGAAAAAUAAUACAUUGGGCUCUAUUUUCGUUCGCGCCGGUGAGGCGGCGGAGGGCGGCGAGCCCCGCGCAGUUGUAUUUUCGUCUGGCGGAGCCCGGCGUAAGGCGAGUUUGGUAUUUUCGUGGACUGAGUCGCACGGAGGCGAGCCGAGAUCCGCCAAGCUGGGCGUGGUGGCGUGGCAGGGGGAGGUGUUGACAGAAUCAGCUGGCGCAGUGACAUUUUCGUGCUCGCCACUGGCGUGUAACGUGCGCUGAAAGCUCGCCGAUUCAAACCUGGUCAGCUUUCAGCGCAAGGCGGAACGCAGCUGGUCUAGUGGUAUUUUGGUAGACCGGCGGCGUAUCGACAUACGUCACCGAUGCCUCACCGGCAGGUUUCCACAGUGUCAGGCACAUUUCAGUGCAAUAAAUAAUCAUCAACAACUAUUAAUCUGAGUCAGCACAUACAUUUAGAUCUAUAGAUAUAUUCUGAUCUAUAUCUGAUCUGAUGAGCGCGUUUGGCACGCGUUUGGCACGCGUUUGGGCACACAAGCUGACCAUAUCAAUACAGCUGAAACUGCAUCAAAUUAAAUUAAAUAUCUAGUAAAUAAACACACAUGAUGAAGUUAACAAGAUAUGUAAUGUGUCUCCCUCCUUUUCUUUCUUCCUCUUAUUUCUCGCACAGCUAGACCUGGACACGUCUCCGUGUCCUCUGUCCGUCUUCCUGCUGCUGCUGCGGCUGAACAGAUGAUUUGUUUCAGUGCUCAGAUGCGUUAUCUACUUUAAGUCGACAUACGGAUAUUAUAAUAUUCAGUUUUGUGGGCCAAAUUUAUUUUAUAUGCCAACAUCUAUGAAAGAAAGAGCCAGGCCACGGAGCGCGAUGCGUCAUUUACGCACAGAUGGUUCCGAUUUUAAUGCCAUUUUUGGAGUUUAUGUUGUGAUCUGUGCGCUAAACCCACCUUUGUCACGUGAGGUUUGAAUAUAUGCAACUUUAUGUGAGUGUCUUUUUUGUGGAAAAGGGUGUUUGUCUUACCAGUGGGUCCAACAUUACGCACACCAAAUCCAUCUGUGCUCAGAUGAGAGAGUGUGGAGGACACUUGUUGAGCAGCUGCCCUCUGUCGCCAUCGUGUGGCAUAACUGUCUUCAGACAUCUCUUGAUCUCUUUGACUACUUCAUGAAAAUAGUAAUACGCCUCGCCGGUGGCGGAUUUAAAGGCAAGGAGAGGAGCUUAUGUGAUUGGUGAAAACAGGUCUCGGCUGUGUUAAACACACUAUACGCCCUCUCUCCUCCCCGUCUACGACUUAUGCUGCCGGGAGGAGCUGAGUUAGGGAGGGGGGAUACUUACGCCGGGCUGCGCGGCUCACCAAAAUACCAAAAUGUGCUUGGGAACGCCUUGUCAGCGCGGCGGAUCUGACUGACGCUGCGCUUGCGGCACGUCUCCGACGAGGCACCAAAAUAGAGCUCUAUAUGAGAGUUUUCACUCUUACUCUUUACUGUUGAUGCACUGCGCUGCCAUCUUGGAUUAUGACAUUGUUGUCAAGUCGGGGUUGGUUAGGACUGUCCCACUUUCCGAGUCAGAAAUCCGCCUUCAGGGGGGCGUUCCAGAUGAAUUUCCAACUCGGAGCUCGGAAAUCCCGACUUCUGAGAACAACUGGAAUGCAGCCUAAGUUGCCAAGUUGGAAAAAAGCAAAAUCCAAGGCCUGAAACAAGAUGGCUACAUCUACGAAAGUUAUUUUAGUGCUUGCCUUGUCCAAAUAUAAGGCAAGCACUAAAAUAACUUUCGUAGAUGUAGCCAUCAUGUUUCAGGCCCCUGAUUUUGCUUUUUUCCGACUUUGUAACUGAAACGCUGGGAACUUGGGUGUGACGUCAUUUUCAGCUCUGACAUCUGACUUCCGAGGUAACUUGAACGCAGCAUUAUUACUUCGGAAAAUCAUUCAUCACUCCGCUGUUGGUCAACAAGAAUUGCAAGAAUAUAAACAUGAAUGAAACGUACAUAUUUUUGGGUACAAGAAAAUUGUAGUUGGCUAAACUAUGUCUAAAUGACACUUUGGAUCUCGAUUCAUCUUUGGCACAUUUACACAUAAAAAAGGCUGCUGAUAAAUAAGAAGUGUAAACAAGACCUUGAACUCUCUUUCCUGUUUGCAGCUGCAGUUUGGCUGUCCAGCUUGCUGCUGUGAGGGAGAGUGUCCUGAUCAUCUCCACUGAUCCUGCUCAUAACAUCUCUGAUGCUUUUGACCAGAAGUUCUCAAAGGUGCCUACCAAGGUCAAAGGCUAUGAUAACCUCUUUGCAAUGGUAAGACACACCAUAUUUCUACAUCAUGUAAAAUCAUGCUAAGAAAACCACAACAGGCAGGCACUAAGGUUCAGAUGUGACUGUCACACUCUGUAGUUACAGACACAGAUUACUCAUGUACAACCAAAUUUGUAGAAAUAACAGUGAGGUAAAGCUGCACGAUGGAGCAAUGGUCAGUGCUGAUGCCUCACUGGGUCGAGGUUGUAUGACCUCCUAAUGCAUGGGUGGGUUUUAUCUCGGUACACUCUUUUACUCAGGUUCUGGCCUUAAUGGCGUAGUUUACACAAAACAUACACAGAUUACAGAAGCAUUUACUAUCAGUUCUAAAUUAACCAACAAAACACAGACAAAGCAGGUACAACACAUACAUGAACCAAAGUAGUACAAUCAAAUGAAAUUAUAAAAAAGAAAACAUGCCCCAGAUCAAGUCUGUUAUGACCCAGCGCUUCAGAUUUUCAGUGUUUUGAAGUCCAGACCAAAAGGUUGUGAAGUGUCCAAGACGGACUCCCGUAUUUUUUUCCCCGUUUUCUUUUCUGAUAAAUUGCAGAGCGAGUGUAUGAAAAUCACAAAUGUACGGGUAUUUUAACCUUUUACAUAGACCACCCAAAAUAACAACAAUAAAAUACAUUCAAAUUAGAGAUGUGCCUAUCCAUUUUUUUCCGAUCCAAUCCGAUACCAAUACCUGGGCUGAGCGUAUCGGCCGAUAUCCAAUACCGAUCCAAUACUACUGUUGAAUGAAUGAACUGUAUACCUUGCCCUGUUUUUUACUUAUGAACAAAUGACAAAGUGCACAUUAGCACACAGCAAAAAAAGGUAAGACUUCCAUGUAAACAGAUAUAGUCAAUUUGUCAAUAUCAGAGCCAAUAUCUGAUCCAAAUAUCAGAUCAGUGCAUCCCUAAUUCAGAUGUCAGGCCAUGUAGACAUGUGAACAUAGACAAGGCUCCAUUGUUCCUCUCUUCAGAAGUUAAAUAAGCAGGUCCAAACCCCUUUCCUGUUACAACUUCAGAUCUGAAUCCUCACACAACGGGGGGAAAUUUGUGUUCCUCCGCAAUCUGAAGAAGAAAGAUGAUUUCAGAGAUUUUAUUGUAUUUAGAACAAUCAAGUUAUUUUCCAUUUUUUUACCUUUUAUAGGACUCAUAAAGGGGCAGACUCUUAGGUUUGAAAAGAUGUGAUUUUAAAUGAAUUGGUCGCUCUAUAUUGCCCCUACUCCUUAUUACUCUGCAUGUGGUCGUCUAUCUGUAUAUAAACUUGUUAUAGGCUGAGGGCCUGUCUACUGUGAACCCCACCUUUCACCCAAAGACAGCUAAAACAGGCAAAGAUAAGCAGUACAGAUGAUUACAGAUGAUUACAGCUAAUUAAAACUGUCAUGAUAUGUCAAAAUAUCAAAUCUUUGUUUACAAUUUCUGGCAGUGCAAAUAUUGACCAAAGCUAGUUUGAUUGGGAGACAAAAAAAGGGAAACAAAUCGUCUUAUUCAGGCUGUUAAAAUGUAUUGAAUGGGAUCACUAUCACAUUAGUGUCAUGAGUCUUCAGGGACUAAAUUGUGUAACCAGCUGAGUCGCUCCAGGUUCUGUAAUCAGUCGUGGUAAAUGAGGUCUUUGUUUGUAAUCGACCGAUUAUCUGUGUUUGUGGGAGUGCAGGAGAUUGACCCGAGUUUGGGUGUGGCAGAGCUGCCCGAUGAGUUCUUCGAGGAGGACAACAUGCUGAGCAUGGGGAAAAAGAUGAUGCAGGAGGCCAUGAGCGCCUUCCCUGGCAUCGACGAGGCCAUGAGCUACGCAGAGGUCAUGAGGUAAGACACAUAAGUAUUGCUGACACAGAGUUCAAUGACCUUUCACUGUCCUAUUACUGGUUACUGGAGUUUAACUAAUUCGCCAUCUGUACCUCAGGUUAGUGAAAGGAAUGAACUUCUCUGUGGUGGUCUUUGACACCGCCCCUACUGGUCACACACUGCGACUGCUCAACUUCCCCACCAUUGUGGAGCGCGGUCUUGGUCGCCUCAUGCAGAUAAAGAAUCAGAUCAGCCCGUUCAUUUCCCAGGUGAGGAGAGUCAUGUAGCUGUCAUCAUUCAUCGGGUUCAUGUUGGUUUAGGGGUCUCAAAAUUUACAAAGCAGAUGUUUCAUAUUUAAAAAAAGACAAUAACUGUGUUUAUGUUUUUGUCCAUGUGUGUAGAUGUGUAACAUGCUGGGUCUGGGUGAUAUGAAUGCUGAUCAGCUGGCCUCAAAGCUGGAGGAAACCCUGCCGGUCAUCCGCUCAGUCAGCGAGCAGUUUAAAGAUCCUGUAAGUUUGUCCAUUUACAGUUUAUUACACAGUUAUUUAAUGAUACUUCAUGAUCAUUUUAGUGUUGGAAUCAGCACGUCUGUAUUUAGUUUUAUAUCAACUCUGCACAAUAGAGGCUAACUGAGUUUGCAUCUAUAUCUUCAUUUACACUGGUAUCCGGUACACACCAACACCUGCUCCAGGCUGGUUUGUUUGAGUCGUGCUGACUGUUUCUGGGUGAUGUCUUGUCAAAUGGUUGCAGGGAUUCGUUGUAUUACUACUGUAUUUUACCUUCCCGUUGCAUAUUUACCAUAUUACUCGUUUUUUGUCCAACUUGUUAAAUCCAAAAUACAUCCAAACAUCAGCUUUUAAACUUGUCAGCUGUGCCUUGAGAGGUGGACUCGCUUCCACCAUGUUUGCUUGACUGUUGGCAGUAACAUCUCACGAGAUCUUGUUCUGUGGAAAGUGGCGGAACGCAGUGCUAAACGCUGAUCAUGCGAGACUAGCAGAGUUGACCCUUCAUGCUGCUUCUCCUCACGUCCAAUGAAGAAAAAACUACUCAAGUUAAAAGAUCGAUCAUUGGAUUUUAUGAAUCGAUUAUGAACCAUUUAAAGGGAAAUUGAUAGAAUCGAUUUUUUUAACCCCAGCCCUAGAAUUAUGGUCACACUUGACUCUUCUAGACAAACUUCCUCUCUGUUUUUGCUUUACCAUACCUGGAAACAAUCUGGGUUGCAUCCUCUCGUUUUAUUCAUGGAAACACGAUCUUCACACUGAAUGACAAAGAAACCUUCUCUAAAAUCUACUCGUUUCUCAGGCUGAUGUUUUAUUGCACCAUCAGGUGUUGUAGGUUCUCUAACUUCUCUCUGGCCUCACACCCAUCAGGAACAGACUACCUUCAUCUGUGUGUGUAUUGCCGAGUUCCUCUCCUUAUAUGAGACGGAGCGCCUGAUCCAGGAGCUGGCUAAGUGCCGCAUCGAUACACACAACAUCAUCGUGAACCAGCUCGUUUUUCCCGACUCAGAGAGGCCGUGUAAAAUGUGUGAAGCCCGCCACAAAAUCCAGUCCAAGUAUUUAGACCAGGUACAAUCAGUGUUUUUGUGUUUUCUCUCUCCAGCUCCUCCUCGCAUGUUCUUGUGAUUAAAUGUCUUAUCUUUUCACACAGAUGGAGGAUCUUUACGAAGAUUUCCACAUAGUCAAGUUACCGCUGCUGCCGCAUGAAGUGCGAGGAGCUGACAAAGUCAACACGUUCUCUAAACAGCUACUGGAACCCUACAAACCCCCCAAUAAAUGAUCUCCCUACACGCAGGACCAAACCCCUUCUUACAGAACACAUCAAUAAUAUCAAUAUUCACCUCCCAAGAGCUCUUCCAGCCAACCUCAAACCCAGUAAUAUCCUCAAGUUUAUCCACUCCGCCCUAAGCUUGCCAUCCAGAGCAGAGCACUGCUACAGCGAGACAUGUUGUCAUGACAGGGGAGCAGAUGAAAUCACACACACAUUCAUAACCUGUACUGUUAGAGGUGAGACACUUGAAAGUAGUGCUGCCUUACUGUUUACCUUUAUGUCCUUCAUCAUAUCCUCUGUGUGUCAGUUGUAUAAUCCCUAAUCGAAGCAUUUAACUUUUCUCUCUACAAAAACAAAAAAAAAAUCCCCCCCUCUCUGUGGAAACUCGUGUCGCUCAUGAAUUCUUCAUCCAGUGUGGUUUGGUGGCUGUCGUUUCAGUCGUUGAUUUUCAAAUAAAUUUCAAACUAUAAACUGACUCUAAUUUUAAAGUUUCAGUAUCAUCUCUUACAUCAGGAAUAGGGCUGGGCGAUAAACCGAAAAUUUACCGAUGCCGAAAUUUACAACAAUAACCAACAUCAUUUUGCCCAUUUCCGUGUAGUCGGUAUCAAAAACAUAAAUAAAAGUUGUUUUUGGAUGUGUGUAGGUAGGCUUUGGUCUCGUCCCUUUUUAAGACACUGUCCUACAUCAGAGACGUGACUCCACCCCAUCCAGUCUUUAACAAAGAGGGAAGAACAGCUGAGGAGAUGGAGGACGGUUCAAAAGUUGUAGCGGCUGAAGUAGACGAAGUUAAUGUUGGAGGGAAUGAGCAGCUUGUGGAGUAGUUCUCGUCUAUUUAUCGUUAUUGAGGUGAGCUGCUCAAAAUAUUGUGAUAUUGAUUUGAGGCCAUAUCGCCCAGCCCCAAUCAGGAAUUCACAUUAGUAUUAAAGUACAGAGUCAGGGAUGUUUAAUUUGACAGGUAAUUCAAGAAAGAAGCUGAAAUACUUUUAAAUUAUUUUUGUUUUCAAACUCUUAAUUGUAAUUAAUAAAGAAAGCGGAGCUGAAUGAAGUCUGUUUCUCAAGCGUGUUUUUGAUCAUUAGACCUAAACUCAAAGUUUCCUGCGCUCAGUGAGAUUAUUUGAGAUGCUAAUGUCCACAUGUGGACUGAUUUGACAGUCAUUUUAGAGGUAGAGUUGGGCCUAAAACCACCCCGUAACCCUCUAAUCUAUCAGACAUAUUUCUAUCCUGGUUAUGACCAACUUUAUGGGAACCCUGUUUAGGACAUGAGUAGCCUUACGUUGUGCAUUGUUGAUAAAAUAUAUAUUGUAUGUUUCUUGAUAACAUGAAUGAAAAGUGGAGGAUAAAGUCAGAGCAUCUUUUCCCCUGUGAUAGAAAAGUGGCUUGUUGUCGGCUCACCUGAUGCAUCGUUGUGCUUCUGUAAAAAGAUGAAGAUGACAGGUUUAUACUCAAGAAAAAAAAGUCUAUCUCUCCCCAACCUUGUCGAUGAAUGCUCAUGAGUAAAUAGAGGAAUCUGUUUUCUAAUGAUUUUCUUUUAUGAUUAAACAGAGUUGCUUCAGA